UGUGACUACCGGAUCCACGGUGACCAUCACUUGUCCUGUGGUCGAGCAGUACCAUGGAGCAGCUGCCAGGCUCUCUGGAGCAUGGCUUUGAACUGAUCCUUGGGAAGUUGGAUGAGAUGAUGGCGAAGCUGCUGCCAAGUGACUCGAGUCCUCGGCUGAUGUUCCACAGCCUCCAGUGGGAGACACUGCUGUGUCCGCCUGUCAUUGGCUUCUUGGUGGGCCUCCUCUUUCUAUGCCGACUUGUUCAGUCUGUUAGAAGUCACUCCUACGAGAACCGUGAGAAGCAGCUGGCAGAAGCACUGGCUGCAGGGAUCGAGGAGAAAUGCCACCUCAUUGACAAGGUUUCUGUAGCUGAGAAGGAGCAUGCAGCAAUCCAAUCAUCUGUAGAAAAGGCCAAACUGGAGAAAGAGUCAUUCGAUAUCCCCAGCCUUGCAGACUCUUACAGAAAGGCGAAGACGACCAACGUGAUGCUGAUGAAGGAACUCCAUUCUCUGUGUCGAGACCUGGAGGAAGAGAGAGCCAAAAGAUCCCAGCAAGAAGAGCAGAUGAUGGAGAUGCUCAAAGACCUGCAGGUCCUAGAAGACAUGAUGACUUUCGUGAAAUCACAGGGAGCUUUUCCAAACCUGCUUAGAGACCAAGAGCCAAGCCCUGCUGCUCCUUGGACUGGGAGUGGGCCUGGGGCUUAA